AUGGCUACAGACAGUGUUUCUUCACAAAUUACCAUAGGACAACCGCAUUUGGCCAAGCAGGAUAUAUCUAAAUUGGUAAAUAAGAAAUUUUAAGGCGACUUUUUCAAUCACGUGUUGUUUCUCCAAUAUGGCGGAAUCGUGAGUUUUUUUAUUACAGUUAGUUAUAAUAUGUCCGUUUUCUGUUUUAGGAUAUAUCAGAGUUAAAUCCUCUCACUCCGGAGGUUAUAAGUCGACAGGCAACCAUAAAUAUAGGUGAGUUCAGUGAAUUUGUGUCACAGCGAUGCUAGAAUGGAUAGAUGUCACCAUCAAUUUCCACUCUUUCUCAGUUUGUUGCUAUACUUCGGUAUUAACGAAUGGUUGGAAUACUGUUUUCAGGAACAAUUGGUCAUGUGGCCCACGGAAAAUCGACUGUUGUCAAAGCUUUGUCAGGAGUACAGGUGGGCAAUAAAGGUCGCAUUUUUCAAUAACAAUAAAUAAUAUAUUUGAAGAUGAAAUAAUUAAGACAUGGUAAAAGCUGCUGCAGCUAAACUACAUAAUACAAGGCCAUCUUAAACCAUCCACUUAUCCUGCAUAUCAAAUGGACAUUUGCCAGCUAUUAUACAUAGGUACUAUUUAGAAAAGGGUGGCUGUGGUCCACUCAGACCACCCUUACAUGUAAGUCCGUGAGUUAGUUGAGAAAGUUGGAACAAGUGCAAGAAAAGGGAGAAAGCGCAAGGGUGAGGGGAAAAUGGAGCAAAAAUGCCCGCAAAAGUGGUGUGUCGAACAUUGAUUAUAAUCGAUCAUUGAUUGAAAACUUAAAGCGGCCCAAUAAUUGAUUAUGGGUUGUGUUUAAUUGGUUAUUGGGAUGAAAAAGGAAUUCUUGUUGAAAAAUAAAUGUAAAACCAGAUAGAGAUUUAUCCAAUGGAUAGCGUUAAUCACUUCUUGAACAACUGGGGUCAGAGCUAUAUAAAAUGUAGGUUUAGGCAAAAUAAUGCCAGCUUAAGUUUAAAAUCAAUUGAGAAAGUAUGGGAAGUACUUGCACAAGGGAUGCAUUAUGCCAGGACAGUCUCUAACAGGCUGUAAUAAUUAUUCUGGUAGCGUUCUCAAUUUUCAUGAUUUUACAAGACAAACCAUAAAAUGGUCAUUCUUUUCCUUUCAUCAGACUGUCAGGUUCAAGAAUGAACUGGAGCGAAAUAUCACUAUCAAGCUAGGUUAUGCAAAUGCUAAGGUAAGUCUGUGCUAAAAAUCCCUUGAGGGCUACUGGGCCCCAACAUUGGGCAUGGCUUGGACCUCAGAAGAUCAUUGUCACCAGAGUGUUCAUUAGCAAGCCUGCAAAUAAUAGCCAGUCAUCGGUCAGAUGACCGAUAAAGCUUGGCCUGGUCUGUCACUCUCUCUUCCUUUUUUCCUUUUUUUGACCUACCAGACUGGUGUCUUGACUCGCAAAACCUGGUCCUUGUCCGGUCAAAUGACCACCCUACAGCCAAAAGUUAUUUGCAGGCUUGCAUUAGGCAUCGGAGUUGGGAGAAUUCCAUGUUUACUGUGCAGAUUUCUCUGUCUAAUGUUCGAUAGCCUAUGACUUAUUUUUUUAUUCAGACGUGGAGCCUCUUAAGAGAUAUUCUCCUGUAGCGUUAAACCUUUCUCCUGUCCCUGGAAUUCUCAAUAAAAACCCUGUGUAACUCUGUGCCACAAAAUGUGCCCCCAGAUUGGCCAAUGUUCUUUGUUUUGGUAAUCAGGAUGUUUAACUGGGUGGGCAUGUGUGCAAUACCUAACUUAGAAGGGCAUGGCUGUUUCUUUUACACCUUAAGGGGAUCUUUCACGUUUAGUAUCCCACACUUCUUUGUCGUUUGAAUAAAAACUAAGAUAAUUAUUGUGAUACCGCUCUCUUUAAGAUGGCUGAUGUGUGUGUUUUGUAGAUUUACAGGUGUGAUGGGAGUUCCUGUCCCAGGCCUGGCUGCUAUCGUUCUGCUGGUAGCGCCAGAGAAGAUGUGAUUCCAUGUGACAGAAUGGGAUGUAAUGGCAAGUUCAGACUUGUUAGGUAAGGAAACCUGCAUCCAGACAGAUUCAACUAAUCUGAUUUCAAGAUACAUGUAAUGGAUUAUUCAAGCAAUGACAGAGACAGUAAGAAUUGUGUUUCAAGCAGUUAAACUCAUCAACAAUAGAUGAGGCACCUGAAAGGGAGGGAGGGGUGGGGAAGAAAUCAGCACAAGUUCAGUUAAGCUGCAAAACACUCUUUAAAUUGUUGUGCAAUGAAACUCGGCAAUUUGGUUCCUAAAGACUUUAAGCCCUUUGACUUACCUGAGCUUUCCUGGCAGAUUGUGAGCUGCUACAAUAGAAACUGCUGGGCAGUUUUUUACAUUUUAAGUUUGACUUUGCCUAAAUUGUAUUUAGCCACAGUUAAAACAGCAAGGAAAAUAAAUGAAGUGACUGUUACUUGCAGUUGUUCUCUGAGGACCAGCAAAAAUCACUGUCUAGUUGUGAGGGAAGUGCCGGCUACUCGCAGAAAAUAACUUUUGAGUGAGAUUAUGAUAAUAAAUCUGUUGAACUUAUCUCACAAAACAUUUGUUCAAGAAAAACAAACAUGAUAUGAAAGAAAAGAAAUGAAGAUAAGUACUAGCCUUCUGACUGACUGACACUGACUGUGAGGAGUCUGAGGAUAAGAAAAGGAGAAAACAUUGUGGUGGAGUUGCCUGCCAAAAAUCUAAGAGUGUGGAUGGCCUCCUUCACCCUUGUGGACCAGUUACUGGACCUGGGUGUUUUCAUCAGACAAAUUAUUACAAGUCCAGUCCCCUAAGAAAAUUCCCACAAGGAGACAAGUGAGCGCCCUGUAAGGACUGCAAUCUUGCGUUUUUGCACUGUGUAUUCAAAAUUUUUGCUCUGUGUGUUAUUCUGUUUCCAUGUUUGCUGUCUGAAAUAUCUAGGUUCUGUCGUUUUUCAUUCAGAUUAUUACCUCACUAGUUUUCUACUUGUCUGAUUUUAUUUAGCUUACAAGUUAGAAUAAACAACAUGACUUACCGUGCAGCUGUCGACUAUCAUCAUUUUUCUUUUCUUUGUUUAUAUGCUUUCAUUUCUUACCAACAUUGCCUUCUAUUAUUCAAAUCCAAUUCAGCCGACCUUAAGAUUCCUGUCUUAAAAUAUGACUCUUUAAAAAACUUCCAUACUGUGCAGAAUUGAUCCCGCACGACUGCAUUAACUUAAUUAUUUGCUGACUGAGAAAAUCUUUACAACAAAAUUAUUUUUUUAUGUGGCUUUCUCAAUUAAGUUUGCUGAUUCUCUUAUCCUUGUUUGACACAAAAAAGAUCAUGAUUUGUCUGCCAAGAAACAUAAGUCUUCUUAUACAUACUGAAGAAAGCUUAAUGCUUGAUAAUAUAAGCUUAAGUCUUAAAUGUUACUAAGUUUAGUUUUGGUUUUGCAUAAUUCGAUCAUGCAAUACAUCAACAUCAACAUAAACUUAAGCUUUAACACAUAAAUUGGGUGCUGCGGUAAAAUUUUCUGACAAUUUUAAGAGUAGAAAAAAAUUAAAUGCAAAUGCUUUAAUGUUUAAUUCAAAACGCUAAGAUUCGUAUGUGAAAAUAGUUCUUUUUCAAAUCCUUCUUGCACUAUUGAAUUAAUCAUCAUUGCCAAAGAAAAACUUCGAGAAUUUUUUUUGUUUGCGUAUUCUUUUAUCCUUGUAUGACACAAAACCCGCUCAUAAGUUUUCUACCAAGAUACAUAUACUUACAUCAACACGUAUUUAAUUUUAUGAGUAGGAAAAAUAUAGAUACGUUAUUUAAUUUCACGAGUAGGAUAAUAUAGAUACAUUACUUGCUGGUCCAGGAGGAUUCAGAUGAAGGAAUAUCUUAGAUAAGUUUUUCUAACACCAUUUUCCUUUUGACAAAUGAGCAAACUAUUGUAGGUCCCAGUAAGAGGGUUUUUGUCUCUCAAAAUUCCCCCAUUAUAAAGUACACAAAUUAGAUUUUUAUGCAUGAGCCAACAUGCCAGAAGGUCUUCAACCCUGUUGAUAUUUGGCAGGCAUCACUGUCACUUUCUAUUCUCUCCCCAUCCUCUCACUCAUUCUCUAAAACAGGACAGUGAAGCCUCCAGAAGAGGCUAGAUAAGUACAUAAAGUUGCUAUCCCCGUGGCUAAAAUUCUUUCCCUGGUUGUUCAAAAUGCACUGAAAUACAUUUUUCAGGGUGCUGCCCCCGGGAAAAGUUUUAUUUUUACCUGGGGUUUAUAGAUCUAUAAUCCAAUACUGCAUCUUUUUCAUUUAACAUAGUAGGGAAUGUUUGUUUCACUGUAAAUGAUUUGUUUUCAGGCACGUAUCAUUUGUGGACUGUCCUGGUCACGACAUUCUUAUGGCAACCAUGCUGAAUGGUGCAGCUGUUAUGGAUGCUGCUCUUUUACUUGUAGGUUAGUGUUGUUGUAGAGAGUUGGUAAAGAUAAUCAAUCUAUCAACACCACUGAAAAAAGCACCUUGGUAUCAGUAAAGUUACAAAGUUUGAUAGUUUGACAGUAAUAGGUUGGGAACCUUCAAAGAUCUGGCAUCAUAAAGUCAUGGAACAAAAAUAAUAGUUUUGGUCGAAGUUUCACAAUUUUGCAGAGCUCUAACUUUGCUUAUGAAUUUAAGAGAUACCACUAUAAUUAUACUUCAUAAGUUUGCUAUUAUUUUAAGGUGCCCUUUCUAGCACUUUCAUUGGAUUUUCUCGAACAGGUUGUUGUCAGAGGCAAAACAGUCCCACACUUGCUGAUCUUUAAACUAAAAUUUGCAUGUAAUCAAUCAACAUUCUAAAGCUAGUUAUGCCUAUUUUGUGACAAUGUUAUAUUUAAUUUUGUGAUCUGACGUGGAUAAUUUUGUGGAAAUGAGGCCUUCUACAUGCAAACAGUUGUCUAUACUAAAGAUGAAAGCUAAUGCCCAAAAGUUGGUAAUUAGUCUCGCUUGCAUAGGCAGCCAGACUGAAAAUCUGCAACCCUUUUGUCUUCAUAUUUAUGACACAAAAGGGGGGUCAUUGUGCCAGGCAUUCCUAGCGGAGACUGUGGAAAUUGGGAAUAUGAAUUGUUGCGUGACCGAAGCCAUGCAUGUUUUGCGAAGAAAGCUUAGGGAAGAUUAAAUUUAGCUUUUGAAUUGAGUUGAAAAGUUGAUCUGUUUUUUAAAAAAUUGUCACACUUCAGGGACAUGUUUUGAAAAGUAAUCUUCAUUUGUUGUUCAUCUCUUUAUUAACAUUCCACUAAAGAUGCACCACUGUGUCUUUUGUUAACUGGGCAUUUCCACUGUGCCCACAAUUUAUUAUUAUAAAUUUUACUUUCUUUGUAGCUGGAAAUGAAUCUUGUCCUCAGCCACAAACUUCCGAACAUCUGGCAGCCAUUGAAAUAAUGAAGCUCAAACAUAUAAUUAUUCUACAAAACAAGAUAGACCUGGUCAAAGAGAGCCAAGCAAAAGAACAGUAUGAUCAGAUCCUCAAGUUUGUGCAAGGUGAUAAAAUAGCUUGAAUCUGCUCAUUCUUAAACUCACACUUCAAGUAACACAAACUGAAAGUAUGGAGAUUCCCAAUUUUUUCUGUUGCAAGGGUUUAAGUUGAUUGGCAUAGGAUAUCAUUGACAUAAUCGCAAGUUAGUUUAGAACAAAUCUGAAAAAACUUCAUAAUGGAUCAUUGGUUUAAAAGGGUCAACAUUCUUUCUAUAUAACUAUUAACUGCUUCCCAUAAAUCCUCAGUUAAGCCACCCCCUUUCCAGGGUUAGAAAGCUAUUUGUUUUGUUCCAUGUUUUGCGUAAGCACAAGCUACAACCAGUUGCAAAAGUACCUGAGACACUGUACUAUAUUUUGGCUUAAAUAGCCUGCCCGUGAUCUUGAGCUUGUAAUCCCCCCUCCAACCUAUAUCAAAGUUGCUAUCAAUACAUGACCACUCUCAAAACUUGGAGGAACAACUUUGAAUGAAAGGGAGGAUGGAGGUCAGUAUUAUAUCUCACAGAUGUGUGACAAGCAGCUAUUUGAAGUAGGAAAGGUCAGUUUUUCGUGGAAGUGUUUUCGACAUUUUUGCAAGUGGUUGUAGCUCAGCUCACCCAGCAAAGAAAAUGAAGAGGCAAAAGAAUAAUUAUUUUGCACACAUUUUCCUUAUGUUAAAAUUCCCCUCUCUAUUUAUAACCCCCCCCCCCCUCCCCACCCGUUAUUUCUUAAUGACUGUAUUAUUUUUGAAUCAAGACUGCAACACUUUAUGUGUUUUGAUCUGGUAGGGUCUAUUUAUGUGCUGGAAGUGUGUUAUUACUAAUGUUUUGAUCUUUGGCUGCAUGGCCUCCAAGUUCAUGUGCUUGAGCUUUUCCACUUUGCAUUCUACAGAUGUAGCUUUUAUGGAGAAUUUAUACCAUCAUGUUUGAUAAAUUAAGUAACAGGGUUUGUACACUAAGGUCAUGGAAAACCUGGAAAGUCGUGAAAUGUAAGAAUUUCACUUUCUCAUUCAUAAACUAGAGGUUCUAACUGUAGUGAUUGACCAGGAAAAUUUUGGUGGUUCAGUGGCCAUGCCUAUGAGAGGUGGUUACUCAUGGACAUUCAACUGAAUAUUUGUUUCUUUCCCUAGGCACAAUUGCUGAGGGAGCUCCUGUUGUUCCAAUUUCAGCUCAGCUGAAAUACAACAUUGAAGUUAUUUGUGAAUUUAUCUGCAAAAAGAUUCCAGUUCCUGUCAGAGAUUUUACAUCCAGUGCUAGACUUAUAGGUAGGUAUUUCCACUGGGUAUUCUAAGAAAAUUUAAAACAAGCAGUACCUGUUGAAAGCGCUUGAUAUCUUUUAUUAUUAUUAUUAUUUGUGUGAUCUCAUCUGUCUACUAAGUGUUACAAUCAGUCCAUAACCUUAAGAAAAAGAACUGCUAAAUAUUAUAUAUUCUUCAUGUUUAAAGUUCAAUGUGAUUAUGACUGUUCCUAGGAUUUCAUACACUAAUGCCUUGUUGAAAAUUAGAGCAUUUAAUCGCAGUCCAUUUCUGUUUAAAUUGACAAAACAACAAUAUUUGGAGUUAAGAAAGGAGCUUAUAUGUCAGAGAUUUUAGGGUGUAUAUAGGUAGCUGAUACUUAUUUGUGGUGCAGAUAUUGAUGUAAAGUAGCCCACUUUUGAAGUAAUGUUGGUUAAUUGUUUGUUGUGUAGUUAUCAGAUCUUUUGAUGUAAACAAGCCUGGUUGUGAAGUAGAAGAACUCAAAGGAGGAGUUGCUGGAGGAAGUAUAUUAUGUGGUGUCCUGAGGGUAUGUCUUACCUUGCUCUGAUACCAGCUCCUACACAUGUCCAAGAUCUUGUUUGUUUAAUUCUACUUUUAUUGUAGUUUUAGACUCCAGGUAUUUUGUUUUUGUCAUGGUCUAUUUGUAUGUAUUAUCACCAAGCACAUUUUUUACAUUUUUCACCCUUGAACCCAUAUGUAACAUUAAUUUAUUCUUUAUUCAUUGUACAUUUGAUUCCUUCUCUUUUUAGCAGUCUCCCUAUCACCCUGUCAGAUUUACUUUCAGCAACUAAAUAUUCACCAUUUCAUCUUCAUCUUCCCGGGUAUUAUUACAAACCAGAUUAGUGACCAUUUCCCAGUUGGCUUACUAGCUCAGUUGGUCAGGCCGUGCAGCACUGUUAUCACAGAGGUCACUACGGUUCAAACCCCGGCAAGCCUGACUUUUUUCAGCCUUUCUUUUCGUAACUGCGUAAGUUGCAUCUUUAACUGCGAUGACCUUUGAAUUUAUUUAAAGGCAUUGUGCUUGUUGAGUAGACCAUUGUGGAGGGACUUAUUUUCGUCUAAGGGAAAAUGACUUGAUCACCUACAACCAAAAUUUGGUUGAUGAGUCAAAUCUGUGAAACAUACUUCAUAAGGUCAUGAUACUGAAAGCCUUCAAUCGUUUGUAUCCUUUUCACAGGUGAAUCAAGAAAUUGAAGUAAGACCUGGUAUUGUAUCCAAGGAUAGUGAAGGAAAGCUUCAGUGUCGUGCUAUUUAUUCUCGUAUUGUAUCAUUGUUUGCUGAACAGAAUGACCUUCAAUUUGCUGUUCCUGGUGGACUUAUCGGUAAGAGUAAUAGCUGUUCCCCCCUUUAACCUCCAGUAGUUAAGGCAGUGUGUGUAGCUUAUUGUCUCAUAACCCAGAUUUCUUGUUGACAAAGCCGAAGGUGAGAUCUGGUACAAUCUGAUUUGUGCUCGUCAUUGCCUCUCGGGAAAGUGACGGGCAAUAAAACAGAACAUGCUUGAAAUAAAUCCUCAAAAUGGCGGCCGUGUUAAGCAACGACUUUGAUAGAGCCACAAAUUUCAAACUGACAAAAUGUGGUUAAAUGCACUGCUUGAAGCCCCGUGCAAACGGACACAACAUAGUUGGAUGUUACAUAUUGCAUCCAUUUGCACACCCUGUUGUUGGAAGUUGUUUCGCAAAGUUUGAAAUUGGUCAAGUUUUUAGCUAGGUGCAAACAAACGUAACAACUCCCAACAUUGUUGGCCAAAAAUGUUGGGAGUUGUUGCAUUCGUUUGCACCUAGCUUAAGUUGUUGUUGUUGUUGCUUUUUUGUAACAUCAAAUUCAACAAGGCAGUUACUUUAAAUUUUUGAGCUAUCAUAGUGCACGCUCAAAGCUUAAAGUAGUACGCGUCAACUUCUAUACAACAGUUUUUUUACCAUAUCCUCUUCAAAAGUAAUCUUAAUACCAAGAGAAAAUUUUAAGUCUUUUUGAUAAAAAGGGUUUAGAGGCUAUAUUCAGGCUAAUUCAUAAAAAAUAUAUAUUUGUUGUGAACAAACUGAGGUCUUCGCAAAUAAUGAAUUGUACAUGCCAUAGCACGGGCAGGUAACAACACUCAUGUCAGUAGCUCACAGCAUUUAAAUAUGAUCAAAUGCGCCAAUCAGAAAAACUGAAUUUUCUUAUUUGACCAGAUCUCAACGACAAGAGAUCUGCAUACAAGAUUAUGUAGCUUAAAAUAAGUAAUUUCUUACAAGAGGAUUUCAUGGGUUUAGAGUUUUGGAACUCUCUACAAGAUUGUGCGAGCAUUGUUCUGGUGCUGGUAGUUGGCAUGUGUAAAAGUACAAUGUAUUGGCUGUGUUCUGUUCAAUCUUCUCACUUGUAACUGUGCUUUUCAUUGAAGGUGUUGGAACAAAAAUUGAUCCUACAUUAUGCAGAGCUGACAGGAUGGUAGGACAGGUAUUGAAUGCAUUUUUCAUACAUUGCACACUUACACCAGCUGUUGCCCUCCAACACCAAAGUUCCUCCCACUAGUCCACUUGUCAUUCAUUCGUUCUCCAUGAAUCUCUACCUUAUAAGCCACCUUGUCUUUUAUUUUCAUGUGCUGCAUGCAGUUAACUGAUAACCAAUAAGAUGUGGUUUUUUUCUUGUACAUAAAAAAAGUUGAUGCCUUUAGUGAGGGUUUGUAUUUGGUGGUUUCUUGACUAAGUGCCUGGCUUAGUUCUUCACAGUCACUCUUUAAUAAGUAGUUUUCUCUCUUUUUUUUACUAUUGUAAAGACAAUAAUUAUUAGUAUUGGAAACCACUGAUAGAUCAGAGAAUAAUUUUAUUUUUGCAAACAAACCAUCCACCAUCUUUCAAGAAAGCAAUUAUUUGCUGCUGCUGCUGCUGUAGUGUUCUUACCUAUUGUGAUACUUGUAAUGGCUGUUGUGAUACUUUGAUAUUUGAUAUUUUUGAUAUUUUGCUCAUGGCAGGUACUGGGUGCUGUUGGUACACUUCCUGAGAUUUACACAGAGUUGGAAAUUAGUUACUUCUUGUUGAGAAGACUGCUGGGAGUUAGAACUGAGGGCGAUAAAAAGGGAGCCAAGGUGAGCAGCAGUGAUGUCCACCUUGUCAACCAAGUGUCAAAUUGUGUGUAACUGUUAAAUUGCUUUGUAUGAACUCACCUGAUAUUGUGCAAUGUUGCAGCAAGCAAUAAGAGUCUCCUCCUACACCAAAAUUACAUGCAUAGGUGUGACCCACAUUCCGUAUUAACAUUUCAUGGCAGACCUGCCCAAAGUCGACCUCUCGUAAGUUCUUGAUUGAGAGCAGUCUCUAAAACCAGCCUUAAUGAGGUCCCACGUAGGCCAAGUAAUUUAAUAAAGUGGCCAACCAACCAGCAAAAAAUUAAGGACUUUGGGAAGGGAAGGUUGUCCGUCUUAUGCAUGCACAUAGACUUAGUGGUUCAAUUUUAUUCUUGGUGCAAAUUUCAUUUUCUUUUUCUUUCAAUUUCGUUAUUGCACACUAAGAACUGAUGACCUUACCCAAAACAGAGUAAAUUAAAAUUUACGCAAAUUUACGCCAAGGAUAAAGUUGAACCGCAACACUAUAGGAACAAACAAUCAGAUGCACAAUUAUAGAGGUUUGAUAGAAUAUUUUAUUCUGUUAAAACAAAGAGAUGUUUUUUAUUUUGCAAUCUAUAAUUUGUUUUUCAGGUGCAAAAAUUAUCCAAAAAUGAAGUGUUGAUGGUAAACAUUGGUUCGUUGUCCACCGGCGGCCGUGUGUUAGCAGUCAAAGCAGAUUUAGCAAAAAUUGUACUCACUCAGCCAGUUUGUACAGAAACUGGUGAAAAAAUUGCUCUCAGUAGGAGAGUUGAGAAACAUUGGAGGUAUGUGUAUGUUUUGCUUUUGCGAGAACUGGCCUCUCAGGCCCCGUACACUCAAAUAGGGAUAGAUUCUUAUGGAGGGGACCUUAAUUGCUUUUGUGCAGUGCUGACUUACGCGGACAGUGAGACUUGGCUUCUUUUGCUACAAUAUACGGUAGUGUGCCAAUUGUCUCCAUUCCAGAAAGGUGCUGUUAUUACAGUUUAAGAAAGUUUCGUUUUUAUUUGGGCAUUAAGUUAAACAUUUAUGGUUGUUUUGCAAAGCAUGAAUACAGUAAUUUUUCUUAGUAUGAUUACAUCUUAGAACCCCAAAUGAUAGUUGAAGUCUUGAUGAUCCUCUAGAUGUGAUCAUCAUCAUCACUGAUCACUGUUAUUUUUAUGACACUGCAAUCCCAUUUAACCAUGGAGUGGUCAUUUAUGGUACAGUCAACUCUCUCUAAGACGGACACCCUUGGGACCGGCACUAAGUGUCCGUCAUAGAGAGGUGUCCAUCUUAUAGAGAGUCAAAUAAAAGGAGUAAAGAAAGGUAGGGACCAACUCUAAGUGUCCGUUUUACAGAGGUGUCCGUUAAGAGAGAGUCGGCUGUAUGCUGUAAAGCCCAUAGAACUGUAAAUUCAUAAUUCAAAUGUUUCUCGUGUUCUUUGGAUACGAUUUGCAAUGAAUCCCUUUCUUUGCAGGCAAAUACUGCUCGUUAAACGUUUCUAGGAUGUAUUAUAUAAUUAUAUUAUUGUAUUAUGAGUGCAGUGGAAUAUGAUGACAACCAAGAGACGGGCGGUCAGAAAAAAAGUUUACAAUUUUGUGGACUUGGUGAUGUUGAUUGUCUCUUAGUUUCUGACACCGCGACUCAUUUUUAGUACCAUUCAAUAUCUAAAUCUUAUCAUCGGUGCAUUAACUACUGGACAUGUCUCCCCAAUCAUUUAAGAAAACCCAUGCCACGCAAAAUUUUUAAGUGGGACAUAAAGAUGGUUUAAUUGCAAAGUAUUUUUAGUUUGUUAUAUUUUCUGAGCGGUUUUCACUUGACUGUCGUAAAACCAAAACCAAAGUAAAUACACUAGCCAACCAAAGGGCGUAGUAAAACCAAAACCAAAACCAAAACCAAUCCCUUUCGACAGUCAAGUGAAAACCGCUCUAACAGGAUUUGUAAUGUUUUCCUUGCAUUACCCUUUUUGUCUGAACGUUUUGCUGGUUUUCUUACAGGUUAAUUGGAUGGGGCCAGAUACGACGUGGAGUAACCAUUAAACCAGAGUCAUAA